CUCACUGCCAUGGCUUCCCUUCCUAACUACUUCUGAUCCGGCUACCAACAUGGGAGAGGAGAGCAGGCAGAGGCCAAACAACCCCCAGACCCCGAGCGACCGGCCCGACCAGGGCGAGGCCUGCAGGGCCCGGACAUGUGGCCCCACUUGCUGUACCUGCCCGAGGAAAUCCUCCUGCUCAUCUUCUCCUACCUGGACGGCCAGGCUCUGGGGCGGCUCGGGCAGGUGUGCAGGAAGCUCUACUGUUUCACCAACAGGGAUGCCGUGUGGAGGAGGAUAGCCAAAAAGUGCCUUAACUCCGGCUUCUUGCAGCAGGGUGCAGACGCGGUUCCUGGAAUUUCAGUAAAGGAAAGAGUGCGAGUUUCCCAAAACUGGAAAAAUGGACGCUGCCGGCAAGAUAUACUUCUCAAAUGGAAACGCAAUUUAAUGCCAUGGAUACAAGUCACGGGUGAUUUGUUGUACCUCUCUCAGGCGGAAGAAAUCCGAGCUUAUCAACUGCGCCCCCAUAAUAACGGUUUGCACCGAAGACCUUUUGCCGUGUUUUUGGGCCACCAGGAGGAUGUAUGCCGAUUUGUAAUUAACAAUUCUCACAUCAUUAGCGGAGGAGGGGAUGGAAAAAUUUCCCUCCAUAAGGUCCACAGUUCUUUCAGUAUCCAAUUCACAGCUCAUGAGCAGGACGUGAACUGCGUGGAUUGCCAUGGAGGCAUUAUAGUCAGCGGCUCCAGGGACCGCACUGCUCGGGUGUGGUCCCUUUCAUCCAGCAGAGUUGGUCAGUGCCUACAUACCAUUCAGACAGAUGACAGAGUUUGGUCAAUUGCCAUAAGCCCCCUCUUAAGCUCUUUUGUUACUGGGACAGCUUGCUGUGGCCAUACGUCACCACUCAGGAUCUGGGACCUUCAGAGCGGACAGCUGAUGACCUGCCUUGGGACAGAUUUCCGACGGGGUGCAGGGGUCCUUGAUGUCUGCUAUGAAACCCCUUAUACCUUGCUAUCCUGUGGAUACGAUACUUACAUAAGAUAUUGGGACAUCAGAACAAGUACAAGAAGCUGCGUGAAGGAAUGGGAAGAGCCUCAUGACAGUGCCCUGUACUGCCUCCAAAGUGAUGGAAACCAUAUGAUUGCCAGUGGAUCUUCCUACUACGGGGUCGUGAGAUUAUGGGAUAAGCGUAUGAGUCGGUGUUUACAGUCGUUUUCGCUGUCCUCCCCGACAAGCAGCCCGGUGUACUGUCUCCGGUUCAGCACCACUCACCUGUAUGCCGCCCUGGCUUCAGCGCUGCACGCUCUUGACUUCACUACAGCGUAGAAGGCA